AUGUCAACCUCGCCUCCAAUAUCAUCACUUGUGCAGUCUACAACACGAGACUCAAUUCCCUUAGACAAUAUCAGCCCCGAGCAUCGACAAAACUGGAAAUAUUGGUCAUCUGCCAAUACAAGCUAUGCCCCAUGUUCGAGUAGAGAUUCAUCCGAGCAUAACCAAUCACCAAGACCGCCAUCUCCUCCACUUGUAAGCCCUAAGAUUGAAGACUCAGAACGAUUUAAGACCGUCCAAACAUGGAGACAAGUUCUCAAAAAUUGGUGGAUCGAACUUGUUUGCCUCGUCUUUGCAACAGCAAGUCUCUGUUUCGUAACCAUCGUUCUAGGUCUUCUCAACAACAAACCACUGGCAAGCUGGCACUUGUCCAUCUCCUUGAAUGCUGUUGUAUCUAUUCUCAUCGUUGUCACCAAGGCUGCUUUGAUUUAUGCCACAGCUUGUUGUCUUGGACAGCUGAAAUGGCAUCACUUCCAACAUUCCCUGCAUGCACGAUCUCUGUAUGAUCUCAAGACCUUCGACGAAGCCAGUAAAGGACCUCUGGGAGCUAUCAAACUCAUCUUCCGACUACGACGUGUCUCUUUCGGUGCGUGGUUUGGAGGUGCUAUUGUUGUUGCAGCAGUCUUUAUGGAAGUCUUUGGACAGCAAGUCUUGGGCUUUGUGAACAAGAGUGUUGUGGUUGAGGGAUCAAUGGCACAGUUUCCGGUUACCCAACACUUGAGCUCACAAAACUCUUGGUAUUUGGAUUAUACCAUGAUGAGCGGGUUGCAAGAAUUGUUGCUAGCGGCAAUCUUCAAGGGAGACGCUGCGCCAGCAUUCGAGUGUAGCACUGCAAAUUGCACUUGGCCUUCUUCGGCGACUCUGGGGAUCUGCUCGCAGUGUGUGGAUGUGACGAAAAACAGUACAGGAUCUUGCGAAGGAGACUCAAAGUACCUGGAUUGUUCGUAUGAGGUUUCUGGGUUUGGAACACUGGGAGGAACAGUACAGCCAGGAGGACCCAUGCCGCUGAUCAACACUACCACAGUGGAUGGUGUAUUCGAUGCCACACCAAGCUUCUACAACUUCUCAACCUUGGUAGUCGCCGAAAGUACUAACUGGACAGCAAAACUUACGACGUGCGAAUUGAGUUGGUGUGCAUGGACAUUCGACAAUGCCACUUCCAAGGGAACCGACCUCAAUCUCGGCGCAACUAAACAAUAUCCCCUGCAACUUGCAGGAACAUGGGAUCAAACAAACGGCACUUUCGACGAUACACAGAGUGUAUGUACAACAAUUGGAGACUACCCUGCUGGAUUAAACAACACCUUCACCAUCAGCCAAGGCAAAGAAUACUUCCUCAAGUACGCAGUGAGAUUGAUCCUCAAAGCAGGAUAUCAAGGAGCUGAUUUCUAUACUCGACUCACAUUGGCGACCUCAUCGUUGGAUUAUACGGACACAGCUGCGAUGUCAAGCAAUCUGGCGGCUUUCAUGACCAAUGCUUUGCGAACACAAGAUGGAAUGCAAGCUGUGGGUACGGCAUGGCAGUCAAUCACCUUUAUCCAUGUCCGUUGGGUGUGGUUGAGCCUGCCAGCUGUACUCGUGUUUGCAGCUGGAGUCUUGUUAUUUCUGACGAUUAUCCAGAGCAGAAGACACGAUACAGUCCUCUGGAAAACCUCAUUAUUGGCCUUUCUCUUCUGCUCGACACAUACGUGGAAGACCGACUCCACCACUCACGAAGACAAGAUCCGGUCAUUGUCAGCAAUGGAAAUGGCAUCAAAAAGAAUGGAAGCAAAGCUGGAAAGAGAUGAGCAAGGUCGAUAUCAACUUGUUCAAAUUUGA